CCGCCGUCACCACCACCGAGAUGCUCCUCCCUGGCCUUCUGCUUCUGCUCUGGCUCUCUGCCAGCCUGGCCCACCAUGGUUCCGCACUCUGGGGAGGCCGCCACAUCCACACCCAUGGCGCCCCACGCUGCUACUCAGCCGAGGAGCUGCCCCUGGGCCAGGCUCCCGCACACCUGCUGGCUCGAGCUGCCAAGUGGGAGCAGACGUUGCCAGUAGCCCUGGUGUCCAGCCUGGAGGCAGUGGGCCGUAGGAGGUGGCAGGAGAGGCCCCCAGCUGGGACCCAGUGUCCAGUGCUGCAGGCUGAGGAGGUGCUAGAAGCCGACAUCCACCAGCGCUCCAUCUCUCCCUGGCGAUACCGUGUGGACACGGACGAGAACCGCUACCCACAGAAGCUGGCCGUCGCUGAGUGUCUGUGCAGGGGCUGCAUCAGUGCCAGGACCGGCCGCGAGACAGCGGCGCUCAACUCUGUGCCGCUGCACCAGAGCCUGCUGGUGCUGCGCCGCCAGCCCUGCUCCCUGGACGCAUCCGGGGUGCCCACACCCGGGGCCUUUGCCUUCCACGUGGAGUCCAUCCGAGUGCCCGUCGGCUGCACCUGCGUCCUGCCCAGGGUGGUACGGUGACCACUGGCCUCAGCGGUCCCCGUGCUGUGGGCAGGAAUCACCUCCCAGACUGGACAAUGGGGAUCUCUCUGCAGAGGGCCCCUCCUAUUUAUGUGUAUUUAUUGGCUAUUUAUAUGCCCUGGGUGGCCCUGCUUCUGCUGCCCAGGGUCCCUGGGCGGGUACCAGGGCUCCAAGCCUCUAGUUUGAGGGAAGAACAGUGAAGAUUGGGCACAGGAAGGGCCAAGUGACCCUGCGCUGGUCAGCCCCCUCUCAACAUUGUGACCUUUCCACACAGACAGUGAGCUAGAAGGAACGUUAUUAUUUUUCUACAACCUCUUAAAACAACAGAAAAUGUGUUCUGAUGGCCCCCACCUUGGUGGUCCCUCUGGGAUCCCCCAAGCUCCUUUUUCCC